ACAAAGAUUGCAGAGCGCAUAUGCAGCUCUGCGGUUUCACGGCACGCGAGGCUUGGCGACGUGGAAAUCAGUGACCCUCUCUCUCUCCCCACUUUUGUGAUGAUGUGAUUGAUAAAUACCGCGUCAAGUCGCUUCUCUUUCUCUUUCCCGUCCCACACCCAUUCCCAUUCCGCUUCCACCCUCUGCUACUGCUACUGCUGCCCAUGUCAAUGGUGUCCUGCAACUAACAAACUCCUCCUUCCAGCUACUUGUCCAAGCCUCCCAAAGCUCCAAGGUCGCUUCAGGCUGCGCCGUGCUUGCUCGUUGAGCUGCGUUGCUUGGCGAUGGACGUCCUCGUCCUCGAGCCUGCGUCUCCCCCACCCGAGUCCGGGCGGUCCUCGCCGUCCCCGACCGCGUCCCCGGAGUUCGAGUUCUGGAUGGUGGGCAAGAACCCGGGCUCCUUCCCCUCCCCCGCCCUGCUCACCGCCGACGAGCUCUUCUCCGACGGCAUUGUGCUCCCGCUCCACACCCUCCAGCCGCCUUGCCCCACCGGCGACGCAGACGCCGAAGAGGAAGAGACCGACGGCGAGGAAAACGCCGACCAGGUGAACGAGGAGCCUUGCGAGGCCGAAGUGGAGUUUCCCGCGCAGCCGCUCGCGGAGUCCUGCACCGUCCCGGCGCCGGACCUCCCCGCGGUGACGUUCAAGUGGAAGGACAUCUUCAAGGCGACCGGCGAGUCCAAGGACCGCGGCAGCAAGAAGAACGAGCGGCGCGUCAGCAGCGUCAGCGGCAGCUCCGAGCUCAUCAACAUCAACAUCUGGCCCUUCUCCAGGAGCCGCUCCGCCGGCCACUCUGGCUCCAACGCCGGCGCCGGCGCCGGCAUCAGCAAGGCCAAGGCCAGCAAUCCCAUCGCUAGCAACACAAGUGCGGUUGCGGCUACUGCUAGCGCACCGGCGUCGUCGGCGGCGCCGGCCGGGCGCAAGGUGAGCAGCGCGCCCUGCUCCCGGAGCAACUCCCGCGGCGAGACCUCCGGGCCGGCCGCGCCGACCGUCGCCAUCGCGGUGGCAGCCGAGAAGGCCGCGGCGCAGGCGGGCGCAGUGUCCGCCACCUCCAUGCUGAGGAGGUGGGUUCCCGGCGGCCAGGGCCGAGCAGGGGCCGGCGCAAACGGCAUCCGCCUGGGCCGUGCAAGCCCCGUCUGGCAGCUCAGGCGCAACAAGCUCCAGCAAGCCGCUGCCGCCGCCGAGCAGAAGCAGAGGGACAGCACCGCCAGCGACAAGAGCAACAAAGCGGUCCCAGACGUCGACGUCGUCACCACCACAAGCCAAGCGGACGCCGGCGAAGAUGCUGAAACGGCCGCGUCGUCUGCGGCGGCGGAGAGCGUGAGCGCGCCGACGACGGCCCCGUGCCGGAACCCCGCGGCCUGCUCGGACGCCGGCGGCGAGGAGUGCAUCCCGCCGCACGGGCUCUUCGGCCUCCGCCGCACCUUCUUCUCCAAGAAGGUGUACUGAUGAUCAAUCAUCAUUCACCAUGCCAUGCGCGCGCGCGGCAGAAUCGAUGUACAUAGGAUUGGAGCUGCUACUAUAGGCUCAUCAGUUCCACGAUCUCCUCUUCCGCUUGGGUUCAAAAGUUGAAUCCUCCCAUGUAGCUUCUUAAGCUUGUAAUCUUACUACCGUCUCUUGUACUACUGCUGUGUACUAGCGCUAGGUGAUUAAGACAAUAGCUCGGCUCAAGCCCAAGUCCAAUCAUGAAGGAGCAUCCAUUCCA